AUGGCAGGCGACACAAAGGACUCCGAAAUCCCCGAGGCAAACCGGCUUUCGGGGAUGACAGGGAAUGAAUACGCUUCUGGAUCAUCUAUCCCGGAUCCAAGAUCAACGUCCUCUGUGCGAAGAACUUACGGAACCUUGGAUACUGAGUCCACCUCUGAGAUGCGCUAUGAAGAAACUCAAGAGGAUCUCUCGACGCGCGCCUUUACCUCAUCGUCCACAGCUCCGGAUAGGCCUAGAAAGCCAUCGGUUACCCGCCGCAUGUCCUCCAAACGCCAGGUACCCCAUAAAGGCCAGGAAUUCUCAACUGAUGACGACCUAAAAGAGAUCGAGGAGGAUAUUGCAUUGCAACAGGCCUCCACCACCAUACCAUCUCCGAGAAUUCGCCCCUUGCGUGCCCCAAGUUCCACUCUGCGACGACGCCCCAGUGCUCGUGCCCAACCGAGUCCGCUGGCACAAGCUGACCCGGACAACAUCAGCUUGGAAGAUCCUGGUCUGCCAAAGCAAGGCCUGGAAGCCUCAGGCGAGCUUCCGCCGCUAGAGCAAUCAGACGGUGGGAGUGAUCUUGACAGCGUAGAUGAUUCUCAGCACGAGGACGAGGACGACGAUGAUGAGGCAUCGACAAGUGAUGCGGAGAGCUUCACGCUCAAAGAUCGGCAGCAAGCCAUUAAUGAAACACAUCCAUUUGGUAUUCGAAUUUGGAAGCCGGCCCUAUACAAGAAGAGCCGAUCGGUGGAAAAGACGGCAGAGGGAGAUAUUCAUUCUUCCCCGGGAGGUCGUGUUAGUCCUACCAUAUUCUUAGCUAAUCUUCUGUGGACGAUAUGCUUUGGAUGGUGGCUUGCUUUGGCUGCUUUGCUGGCGGCCAUCGCCUGCUUUUUCUUUGCCUACUCCUCCAGCGCCUUGGCUUAUGGGAGAGUUUUCUCGGGUCUUUCACGUUAUCUGCUUUACCCCUUCGGCUCUUUCGUUCUUCUCCAGACUGAUGAAAUUUACGCUGAAGAAGACGAAGGUGAAGGUCGCAGUAUCAGCGAGUAUGAGCAAUGGCAGAAUGGGGACUUGGAACAUGGCCGAUUAUUUUUUGGUCCACGCAGAGACCGAUCACUAGUAGGACGCCGACGAAACAGCGUGGAUUCCGCAGGCGAACAAGAUAGUCUGCUGGGCCGGCCCCAGCGAGGACAAGGCCAGGAUUCGCAAUUCUCUCAUUCUAAGCGUCGUCUCUUCGGCCGCGGUGAAUGGACUACAGGUCGAGUCGUGUUCUUUAUUUUCUUCUACUUCUGGGUUGGACCCUUGACGCUUUUGGUGUCUCUUAUCUGCUGGCUACUGGUAUUUUUUAUUCCAAUGGGUCGUGUGACGCUCGUCCUGGUGAGCCAUCUGCGACGCCACCCUCUCGCCCUGUCUUUCCAUACCGAUACCUCAUAUGCAAGACUCAGCUCUGGUUCUUCUUCGCCCUCUAUCCUCCUGUGCACAUACCGUGCCGCUGGAAGCAGAUACUGGAAAUACACAAUUGAUGGCACAAACAUCUUUUUCAUUAACCUGCUUGGGGUCGUGCUCUUCGUCAUUGUCGACUACCAUUUUCUGAGCAAAUUUCUGGGAGUAGAGUCGUGGUUGACCCAUCCUGGGCUCAUUUUCACACUCGCCUUGUUUUCAAUCAUUCCUCUGGCGUAUUUCAUUGGCCAAGCGGUUGCUUCUAUUUCUGCCCAAUCUUCGAUGGGAUUAGGUGCUGCGAUUAAUGCAUUUUUCUCGACCGUGGUAGAGGUCUAUCUCUACUGUGUUGCACUGACAGAGGGCAAGGCUCAACUUGUGGAGGGCAGCAUCAUCGGCAGUAUAUUUGCCGGUAUUCUUUUCCUCCCGGGAUUAUCCAUGUGCUUUGGCGCUAUCAAACGCAAGACCCAACGGUUCAAUGUUAAAUCUGCCGGUGUAACAUCGACUAUGCUGCUAUUUGCAAUGAUCGCUGCAUUUGGCCCUACUCUAUUCUACCAGGUUUAUGGCAGUCAUGAACUCAAUUGCCACUCGUGUUUUGCACAGGGUAACCAAGAGAACCGAGAUUGCCGUCAAUGUUAUUUUACCCAAACGGCGACGCAUCAGGAUGUAUUCUUUCAGAAAGCAGUCCAACCGUAUGCAUUCGCCUCCGCUGGCUUCCUGUUUCUAUCAUACAUUAUUGGUCUUUGGUUCACUCUGAGGACUCAUGCCGCCUUGAUCUGGGCUACUGAGAAUGAGGAGAAGAAGGCAUCUCAAGCUGCCCAUGAUAUGAUGUCUUAUGAGUCAAGACAUAUGCUUUUCUCAGGGUCACCUGAGGCUUCUGGUGCGCUCACUAAUCAUAAAGACUCGAUUCGGGAUUCUCAGCUGUACAAGCGGAUCCUGGGCCAGUCGUUAAGACACGUUGGGCUAGAAGAUGGAAGUAUCAGUACCUGGGAACAGACUGAUAAUAGCUCGAUAACAGAAAAUCGGAACAAUCCUCUUCAUCUGGUGCCGCCAUCAAGCGGCGGUUGUGAUGAUCGGAAAAUCCCCAAGGCCAUCCGUGGUUUAACUGGGGAGGAUAACGAGCGCCUUGUACGCCAGGUCACGGAGGUUGCAGCAACAGCCGCAGCAGUGGCGGCUCGCGAUGCCGCUCGGAACCGGAAAUUUACUGGUCAACAGAGUACCGGCCGUCAUGCUGGUCGUAAUUUGGCGGAGCAAACCAAGCCGGCUCCCGUCGAGGAAGCAGAGGAUGUUGGUCUCCCCACCGAAGCGGCUCACGCUGGUGGCGGCCAUGAUGCUCCAAAUUGGAGUAAAGUCAAGAGUUCAGUCAUCCUCCUUAGCGCAACUCUCUUUUAUGCCAUUAUUGCGGAAAUCCUUGUCAAUACCGUUGAUGUAGUGCUGGAGAGCGUGGACAUUGACGAGAAGUUUCUUGGUAUAACCCUUUUUGCUUUGGUGCCUAACACCACCGAAUUCCUUAAUGCUAUUUCCUUUGCAAUGAACGGCAAUAUCGCUCUGUCUAUGGAGAUUGGAUCGGCCUAUGCCCUGCAAGUCUGUCUGUUACAGGUGCCUGCCCUGGUUCUAUUCAGUGCCAUAUACACCAGCUCGAUCGACCCAGCCGAGCUCGCCAAGCACUCUUUCAAUCUUAUCUUCCCCCAAUGGGACAUGAUCACCGUCAUCCUGUGUGUCUUCCUCCUCUCAUACGUCUACGGUGAAGGCAAGAGCAACUACUUCAAGGGCUCUGUCCUUGUCUUGACCUAUUUGGUUGUUGUUCUCGGAUUCUAUCUGUCGGGAUACAGCAACAUGGAUGGCAUGGGCGUGGACCGAUUCGACACUCUCGCUCUGGGCUCCAGCCGCUCAGAGAAGUUUUAUACCAUCGGCCGCACGCAAGCCGGUGUGGCAUAUUAG